AUGGGGAAUUCUUAUGCUGGGCAGCUCAAGUCUGCGCGUUUUGAAGAAGCUCUCCACAAUUCAAUAGAAGCAUCUCUUCGGUGCAGUAAUGUGGUACCUCGCCCGGUAUUCUCUCAGCUCUACCUUAAUACUGACAGACCUACAUCAUCUCCAGGUGGUAAGUGAUAUGGGAUACCUGAUCUGUAUUGGGGCGUCAACCCAUCCUUAUAGCUUCACAGCCGAGGGGGUAUCUGUUGUCAGUUACUUCUGUAUCAAAAUUCAGGUGCUGCUUGAUGAGUGAAUAGUAUCUCAGAUUGUAAUGGUAGAUAGGAUCCCCUUUAUUGUCCCAUUGUUCACAUUCAUUUUAAGUUUUGCAUCCUGUUUGUUAUGGCAUAGAUGUGAAACCUAAGUUGGAGGAGCUAGACAAGGAUUUUGUUCAAAGAAGUAAUCCGCGUGGGGGCUUGAACUUCCCUAGCAGCCAAACAGUAUGUGAAGUAGAGGAAGACGAUGAUGACGAAGACAUCUCAGAUACAAGUAGUCCUCCUCUACCAUAUGCCCAGAAACCAGCUCCAGAAGGAUCUUGUACUUUGGAUGGUAAGAAUUAGUUUGUUGUAGAGUGCAAUAACUACUUAAUGUUCAAGAUUUUUCUGAUUUAUGGUUAUUAUUCUUAUAAUAGCUUUUGUUUAUUAAAUUUAAACCAUUUUCUGUAUUUGGCAUUUGUAUUCAUAAAUUGGUCUGUUUAAAAUCCAUCCCUCUGCUUACCGUGCUUGGUCAAAACAACCAUAGAGUUGGUUUUACUGGAUAGAUAACAUAAAACGUUGCUAUGAAGGUCAGAUGUUGAUCAAUAUCUUCAUAAGAGCUUAAGAUUUGAAUUGUGUAUGGAUGUAUUAAUAUGCCACAGAUUCUACCUAGUAAUCAUCCUGUUCAUAAAUCUAUGCCAGAGUGCCUUUUUGGUACACUUUUUUCUUACCUAAACAGUGACCUAUUAUGGAUGUAAAUUUCUACAUGGAGAGACAUCAGAUGUAUUUACCCCAGCAAUAUGCGUUUUUCAUAGUGUAACGGAGAUAUACAUAUGUUUUUUUUGUGUGUUUUUUUUUUUUUUUUUUAAAUUACAUUGCCUGCAUGGUUAAACUAAAAGAAAGAUCUGUUUGUUUGUCUCAGGUUUUUGCCAGGCAGGGAAAGACUUGCGGUUAUCGUCGCUCUGCAAAGAGCAGAUUGAGGUGCCUUCAGGAUUUCUUUUGGUUGGAGUAAAAACUCAAAGCCUCUCCGAGCACAUUCUUGUCUGUGCUGUGGACAAGAGGUUUUUACCAGAUGACAAUGGAAAAAAUGCACUUUUAGGUGAGAGGGUACACUUUAAAUGGCUUUACCGAGAAGUGCGUCUCUGGUAAACUGCAUGUUUAGCUCACCCCAUUAUAUACCACUAACUAGAACAGUGAUUGCCUGCAAAUCAUGUAACAUAAUUUAGCAAAUUCCUAUUCUCUGAUCUAUUGAAGUGCACGGAUUUUGAACCACUGGGUCAGAAUGCAUAAAUUGUGUGUAGAUCCCAUUCUCAUAAAUGUUCAUCUCAAACAAUAUUUUAUGGCUUAGUACUUCUUCUCAAUAUAUCAAAUGUGAUUUAAUUAGCUGAUAUCUAUUUAAAGGGUUCUCUGGAAACUGUGUUGGCUGUGGAGAGAGAGGUUUCAGGUACUUUACAGAGUUCUCCAAUCACAUUAACCUGAAGUUGACAACUCAACCAAAGAAGCAAAAGCACUUAAAGUAUUACCUAGUGAGGAACUCCCAGGGAGUUUUAUCUAAAGGUCCCUUGGUCUGCUGGAAAGGUAGGUCUACCAUGUAUUAUUAAUUCGUAACUACAUUUCUUACUGUGUCCAUGUUAUGCUACAUUUUCUCUCACCACAGGCUAGUGGAGAGUGGAAAGUGUUUAGCUCUGCUUUCAGUCACAUGGGCAUUAUCAAAUUGCAAAUUGUUAAUUAUAGUAUCUUUAAAAAAAAUUAAAAAAUACACAAUAUCUUAAGCAGAGUUUAUUAAUUUUUUUUUACGUUUAUUUAUUGACCAGGGCAGGACAUCAAGCAUUUGUUUAACAUUGCCACAUGUUUGUGUCUGUCACAGUGAUACUCUUUGUAUUCUUUUAAAUGUUCUAGAGUCCCGAAACCGACAAUUUCCUGGUGUCGUUUCACCUGCUAAGCCACUUGCAUCUGUUUCGUUGACAUCUCCAGUAGAGAAUGGCAGCAGCAAUGGAUAUAAAACAUGUUUUGGAUAUUCAGGUAAGGGAUAGCAAGUCCUAUUUUAUGUACCAAACAUGCCAGUUAUUCCAGGAUUGUAUAUUUCCAGAAUUAAAAAUUACAGUAAUCUAAAAACAAAAUGGUUGGACUAAAAUUCAUUACACUUAUGCAAGGUGGAAAAAUUUGGUUAUGCUAAACUAAGAUUGUAAUUUUAUCUGUUUAUUUGGAUGAUUUAAUUUAGUUGAUGCACCAUUUAAGCUUGUCUGAAUUUUGUACAUGCAAAUUCAGACAUCAAGUAUUAACUAGUUUUUAAGCAGCCACUGAACGUUUUUGCCAUGUUCGUCCAUUAGUCUUAUUCUCACAUAAUGCAGAAAAAUAACUUUACAUACUCUUUAUCUUAAUAGCAGGGCUCUGUGAGAAUAUUUUACAAUGUACUCUUACACAUCACUAAUAUGUAGGGCUAUUGCAGGCUUUAUUAUAUAUGUAGGACUUUAUUAUAUUGUUAUAAAGCAUAUUUUUUUAAUUAUAUUUUUAGAACAUUUUCCGUAGCACUGAUGACUCUUAUGUGAGGCUUGGUUGGCAGCUUAAACUCAUUAUUUACAUUGUGAUGUUUUGUUUUUUUUAAUCCACCUUUUGAUAGAGAUCCAGCCUUUCACCCCAGGAAAUGCACUCACUACUCCGAUCUCGAGCGCCCCUCAGGAUCUCUCUCGAAAUAAAGGCAUUGUGAAACCAUUACCUAUUCCUGGGCAUAUUGUGGGGAAGACAUUUCCUGCAGGUGAGUUGUCAUUUUUCACAAAUGUCACUGGAGAUUUAAUGAAUUUUUCCUUUGAUAACCUUGCCUAAAAAAAAUAUUCAAUUUGAUAUUUCAGCACCAGUUUCAUAUCAAUCUCCAGAGAUGUCAAAUGGUUCUGCGAGUGGAAGUCGUGUUACACCACUAAAUCCUGCACCUUCUCAGCCUGUUCGUCACGCAACAUCACCAAGUCCCGGCAGUGUUGCUGGUGACCACGGUAUAAAUGCUAAAAUUUGCUUUAUUUAUUUCAGCAACGGUAAAGCACAGAGCAGUUAAAAAGGAAUUUAUUAUUGGUCUUUGUCUUGGUCUGCAUCUUAAAUUUUACUUUGAACUCUACUCUUUCACUAAACAAAUGUUUUGUUUGUUUUCCAUAUCCUAAGUACGCUUGCGCUGAUUCUUUCUAGGAAAUUCUGUAUUGCAUAUUUUGAUAGUUGAUUUAAUACAUUAUGUAUCGGUGUGCAUGGCAUCCGCAGGCCAAUUAAUCCCCUUCACUAAUUGCAUUUUUCAUUUCUGUAUGCAUAGAAAGCAUUUAAUGAAAACAAAAACAAACAUUUGGUUGGACAGAAAAAAACUUUAAACAUUUUCAAAAUUAAUUUUCCAAAUAUUGAAUUUACAGAUAAGAAAAUAGUGUUAGUAAAUAACAAAUCUGAAUAUGUAACUUUGGCAUGUGACUUGAUCUCUAGACAAUAGUCACAUGGUGAGGAGCAACAGCUGUUUGCAUUACCAAUUGCAUCCUGUUCAAAAUUGUGUGGUGUUUUUUUAUUUUUUUUGUUUACAUUUUAUUAUAAUCUUACAAUUUUCUCAACACAGCAGUUCUUUCAAUCUGUGGUCCACCAAAGAAGAGACACAGAGGCUGGCCUCCCAGCUCUCCUGUUAUAGCAGUUACUGCUCCUCCUGUCCGGCCAGUCACAAGAACAGGUAGCUUAUAUUUAAUCAGUUUUUGUCAACGUAAAACUAAAACCUCUAACCAUAUAUUGCGGUCUCUCCUGUUUUUCACAAAAUAUGCUACAUGAGAUGACGUUUUAUCGAUAUUAUUAUUAUAGCUUCUUCCCAUACAUGGGAAUGUUUUGUUUAUAUGUUUAUUUAUAUGAAUAAUGUACUCCAUUCUCGAAAUUGUUGUCUUCAUAGCAUGCGUGCCACAACCCGUUUUGGGAGGCGUUUUCCAACCUCAGCCAUUGUCAGCUGGAGAGACUGUGAUUGUGCCGGAAAAUUUAUUGAAUAACUCUGGAAUACGGCCUGUUAUUUUGAUAGGUAAGUAUAGUUACGUUUAAAAAUACGUAUGUAAUUAGUUUGGUAGAGCUUUUACUUCCACUUACUAAACCUCUGAUGACUAGAUAUAAUAAUUCAAUAGUGAUUAGAUUAAUUGAGAAAACCCAGCUAUUUCUGAUUCUUCUCUAAAUUCUGCAAAUAAUUUAAUUUUAAAAUGACACUCGUUGCAUCGGAAUCACCACAGCUGAAGGAACACCAAAGUACUAUAUGAUGCUAGGAGUAGUCAGGUACCCCCAUUUUCAAGUAGUCAAACAUUUUAGAAAAGUUUGACUUCUUUCCUGAGGUAAUCCAGCACCACUCCCCAUCUGUACUACUUCAGCCAGACUGAAAGAAGCUCCUAAAGACAUAAUCUAGGCUCUGGACUACCGGGUUUAACUCGCAGGGCUUCUGGCAGCACACAACACCUGGCGGGACUUGUUCUACGAUUGUUUUUGACUAUUUAUAUUUGGGGAAGAGUUGUGCUAACAUUCUCACUUUUAUUCAGCUGCCUAUUUCUUACACAUGGACUCCAUGAAAAACACAUAAUGUAGAUCUGUCUUCUAGUGUUUUGGCAUUAUCUCCAGAAAUGAAACAGGAACAUUAAAGACUCUAUUUGUCAAUUUCAAACAAUGUGGUUUUUAAAAUGAAGCUACCAACCUAUCAAAGGGCUUAUGAAUGAGGACCUUUGUGAAUUUAGUUUUUAUCAAAUUUUCAACUGUUGAUACGUUUCUUUGGCAUUUGGCGGUUGUUCUCUGUGCUUUAUUUGAAAGCGACGCAUUAAAGGUGAAUUACAAGCAUUAUCCAGUAAGAUUCUAUAAACAAUAUUGUCACGAAAAUUGGAUUUAUUGUUUGUCAUCAGUGUGUUUGGUUUUUUUCAAGCUGCAUUCUGUAAUCUUUUCAAGACAAGUUUUUUCCAUUGUCUUUUAAAAUAUGCAUCUCCACCAAUCUUCAAAGAGUAGUUAAAGCUGACACAGAAAACUUGGUGAAACAGUGUGUUUUUGCAGCUUUUUUUCUUUUUUCUUUUUUGGAAUUAAGGUAAAGCACCAUAAAAAAUUGGAGACAAAGGAAAGUCAAAAUGUGUUUGCUCUGUGUUUAAAGAAUUGCAUGUGUAAUUCUUAAUUAAAUGCUAUGCAACUUGUAAUUGAGGAAACAGUUGACCUGCUCUAGGAAACUAGUUUCUUGGGUUAAAUCCUAUAAUGUUGUAACAUUUGGUUGACUUAUGGUUCUAGUAGGUGAUGGUGUUUGUCUUAUUCUUCAUUUCCUAUUAGACCAGUUUCCUGCUUAUAAGGCUCAAUCCAGUAUUUUCUCAGUCGGUUUAUGAAUGCCGAAAACCUAAAGUCUAUCUGGUGAUUUCCAAAACAGACACUAUGUCCAUGAGUUGCUCCUAGGUGGUGAGACUAGAAAAUCCAAGGGAUAGUUCUGUCCUGAAACCAAAGUAAUAGAAGUUCAUUAUAGGAAAUGUACUCAAUUGGAUUUGUUUUACCUAAAGGUUGUUCCUAUACAUGUUUUCUUUAUUUUAAGUGACCUAUAUUAAUUUGAUGUCUUGUUUGUUUUUGGAAUGUCAGGGCGUGGCACUUUACCGUAUUUCUAUGGGAAUGUUGGAGAUCUUGUUGUAAGCCCAUUGUUGGUGAAUUGCUACAAUUUCCAGGAAGUUGAAAAGAAGGAACUGGAUCAGAUGGGAGUGUGUAGUACCCAAUUUCUAAGCGUGGAGAACAUGAUUCUCCUUACGAUACAGUAUUUAGUGCGACUUGGUGAGAAUUUUCUACACUUACCGAAUUAACUCUUUUAGAUCUUGAUUAUCUUUUUUUACAGAUAUGGAUACAAUAUAGAUUUCUGUGGGUCAGUAUUCUAAAUUCAACUGAACUCAAGUUUUAUUUAAACUUUUAAUCAAAAAAACAAAAAAGCUAAACUGUUUUAGUUCUCAAAUUACAAAACUAACAAAGUAUCUUGUGAAUUACAAUGAAUUAAUAUACUUAAAUAUUUUAAUGUAAUGUUAAUAUUUAAAAUUCUGCCAUUUUAUGUUUUGUGUAACUCACAGAAUAAACAAAAUAUUUUUUUUUACCCUUAGGUCCCGAUCAGAUACCAGUCCGUGAAGUUUUCGAGCAGAUUGUGCUUAAAGCGUUGCAGGAAUUAACAAAUAAAGAACAUAUUUUACCAAUGGCUUCCCCAGGAGUGUGUGUGUCCCAGGGGCAGCUCCCUUGGCUUGCCCGUCUGUCUGCCAGUGUUUCUCAAGAUUUGGUGCGUGUGCUGGUAACCCAGAAUACACUGGCGGAAGGCAUUUCAGAAACGCUCGGGUCUCUUUGUGAAAUCAAGCCGUCCCAAAAAAUACCAGACUAUAUGGUAGUGAUUUGUUCCUCAAAAAUGCGUGGCAGUGAAUUUUGUGUGAUUGCAUUAGGUAAGUAACAGGGUUAUCUUAUGAUUCUUUUAAUACUGUAGUCCAAAUACAAGAGAUACUGUUGUUAACCCCCUAAGGGCACAACUUCUGGAAUAAAAGGGAAUCAUGACGGAAUAUUCCCGUCAUGUGUACUUAAGGGGUUAAACUAUCCUUAAUAUUACACAUGAAAUGUUUUUGUUUUUUUUUAUUCUCUAGUCAAAACAUUUUCUGUUGAAGACGCACUCAAUUUCACUUUAGGUUAUUGUUACUUUUCUUUAAUGUGGGCUAAACAAAUUAUAUUACAAAACCAAAAACAAAAUAGCCUUCAAAUAUAAUUAGUAACAAAUUUCCUUUGUGUAUCUCUUACGUUUCACUUAUAUUACCCAGAAUGCACAGACCAUUUGGUUUCUGAUUGAUUGUAUAGUGUCCUUGGGGGGAGGGAAGGGUUUGAUUUUUGUCCAAAAUGCCCUUAAUACUAAUAAAAAUAAAAAUAGCUUAGAAAUUGCUGAACUCCUUUUAAACAAUAUAUAUUACGACAAAGACCAUUUAGUAUGUCACAUUGUUUUUUGUGUUUGGUAAACUUUCAAAACUAAAAUAAAUGAUUAAUUUGGGGUGAUCAGAAUGUAGACUGUUGGAUACUGCAGGCAUGAUGCAAUGUAAUAACAGGCUGCAUGUGCACAGUCUGGCAUAACGUUGACUGUGUUCUGAGGUUUGUUCAGUACAUGACCUGCUUCUUUGUGCUUGUAUGUCAUGGCAACAUGACUUUUGGAGCCUCGUGUUUAAAGUGGUGUUCUCUGUUUCUUCACUUCAGCGAGAUCAUUCAUACUUCUGCAAUCUAUUUAGUUCAGGUAUGGCAUUCACAUCUGUAAAUGAGAAUGUGAACAUCUUUCCAGCAUAAUUUGUGCUCUGUUUGUCUUUGGCAGGGCAGUACAAUUCACGUGUUCUUGCUGAAAGCAUGCUCACAACCGGUGAAUUUUUAAAGGAGAUCAGCUAUGAAUUGAUUACUGGCAAAGUCAGUUUUUUGGCAUCGCACUUCAAGAAUACAUCUCUUGGUGAGUGUUCCUUUUUGCCCAGUUGCCCCUGGUCUGGCCUCUCCCUCUCUACCCCGCCUUCUUGUUCCUCUUCCUCCUUGUGGUCCUACUUUUUGUCAAUUUUUUUUUUUUUUGUAGUAGUAGAAAUUAUAGGGGUGAGGAAACAUACAACUGUUUUUUACUUUAGAAAACUAGGGACUAUCAAGAGAGGGACAUGUGGUAAGACAGGGCUUGACAAUUUUGUUUUUUUUUUGUUUUUGUUUUUUUAAACUAAUCUUACGUUUUCAAUAAGAAAAAUUUAAUUCUUAAGGAACACUAAAGACACCAGAACCAUUACAGCUUAAUGCAGUUAUUCUAGUGUCUAUAGCCUGUACCUGCAGACCUUGCAAUGUAAACUCUGCCUUUUCAGAUGCCUACUGCCUACCUCCAUGAUCUGAUUUGAUGCUGCAGAAAUAAAGUAGGUCGUCUUCCUAAGGAAAUGAAUACAUAGGUUUUUCUUACAGCUGUUGGCUGGAUUUCAUAGGGAGAUCUAUAAUUAUUGGUUUUUCUAAAAGGUCAAUCUCUUCAGCUGAAUGUACUCACGGAGGUCUUUUGAGUUGGUUCAAAAUACAAAACAAGUGGAGCUUAAAUACUCUUCUGUGUGACAAAGAAGGUGUUCUCAACUGUUCUUUGUUUCUGUUAGGUGAUGACCUGGACAAAUUACUGGAUAGGAUACAGCACAAGAGAGGUGAUAAUGUAAUUAUCCCUUUUCAUGGAGAUGUCAAAGAAUGCGUCUCCUCUCAGGAAGCUUCGACUAUGGUGCCUAUUCGUGGCCCAGGUAACGUGGACUGGAUUGAUAAUUAAUCAAUAGGUUGACUGGUUAGUUUUUGCCUGUUGUUACUUACAUGCUAUAAUGGUGGUAUUGCUUCAUGACCAAUAUCAGAUUUUUUUGUGUAAAUCUUCUCAUAACCACAAUUAGUCCUCUGACAUCAUGGAUUAUCUGAAUCAACCGUACUCGUACGAAAGCCAGGCAAUUACACACAACGCAUGACCUCUAUAUGAACACAAGGUCGAGAACAUCAGAAAGUCAGUAAUCCAUCUUUAUCCCGGACAUGAUAUCCAGACUGACAUGGCAUCCUGCCAGUGACUAUCUGGUCUUUCUAUCAGAAACACUAUAUAAUACUGUGAAAAAUAAUUGACCUUUAAUUAAAAUAUAUAUUUUAAUUCCUGGAUAAAUAAAUGAAGAAAAGUGGCUUUUGUGCUUUGUAUAUGUGUAAUAGUUCAUAUGUUAAUGCACAUAUGUAAUUAUUUACUGAUCCCUUUUAAUUGUGUAUCCAUUGUGUUUUAGGCUGUCACGUGGACAAUUUCCUGAUACACCAGACUCAGCUGUUGAUGGCAAGAAGACUUCUUUCCCAGGUGUGCAGUAUAGCAGACAGUGGCACACAAAGUCUUGAUUUGGGCCGUUUUCGCAAAGUUGACUUCCUCAUUUUGGUCCCUCGUUCAGAAGUGUUGGUACAACAAACACUGCAGAGGAUAAGAUUAUCUGGUAAGGAGAAAAAUUAUUCUGGUACACACACACACGCAUAAAAAUGCUCUUGAACAUGUAUAUUGUCGAUUGGGGACAAUGUGAAAGUAUUACCAUCUGAGUAUUUCUGCUAAGCAUUGUUUCUGAAAUGCAGUCGCUUCCUCUCAGUCGUCCUCUCUGUUUAUAACUGAGCACGAUCAAUGACUGCCCAUUGGAAAUUAAUUCUAACCAACAAAAUAAAUUGGAUAUUCAUUCCUGUUAGAACGACUGUACUUAUUUCCAUGUUUCAUUAUAGCUUCACGGAUCAAACCAUUUGGUGGGAAGUGAUCCUCUUUUUCCAAAUGUGAUGGUGGGGAAAUUGUAAUCUUUUGAUGGUAUACUUGUUGUGCAGUAGUUUUUACCUGCAAAAAUAGAGAAAACUAAAAAACAUAAGUGUUAUUACCUUUCACUUAUUACUGUAAUUUUAUAUGCAGAAGGAUAUGUUAACUAGAAAGAGAUGGUCCAGUUAUUGAAUAAAGAAUUAAAAGAAAACGGUUGCUGCAUCAUUUCUCAUUUGGCUAAUUUCUCAUUUGGCAGGUGUGCUAACAGACUUGGGUCUAGAGGAGGGAGGCUCUGCACAUCAAAGAGCAGAAAAAUAUAUCCUUCGACUUGACGGGGAUGUCCAGGUGAAGUUUGAGGCAUUCAUGAAGAAAGUGAAACUGAAUCCAUACACUUUGUUUGUUGUUAUACAUGAUAACAGUCACGUGGAUUUUACUAGGUAAGUGCACUGCGCAGCUGAAGCCUUUUAAUAUAAAAUACAAACCACUCUUCUUCAUCAGGAAUAUUGAUGAGAUCUGCAGGGUUAAUGUAUAAAGAGGAAUUCUGCUACAAUAUUUUGAAAUUGCUGCAGUCAGAAUAUACAUUAAUAUUUACCAUGAUAUCUCCACAUUUAGUUAUUUGCCUUUAAUGACAAUUCAUCCAUAUACACCUGUGGUCUGUCAGAUAUGCAGCGUUUAAAAGAUAGAUUCAAUGUGAAACUAUUAGUGGCAAAAAAAAUUCACUUUUCAUAUUUAAAUAUAAAAUCUUCUGAAAUCCUACAGUCUGGUUUUAAGAUUAAUAAAAAUAAAAAAAUAUAAAAAUCUAUCUAUUGUGUGUAAUUUGACCUGUUUGCACUUAUAACGAUUCAUAUUUACAAAAUACAUAAAUAGGAAUAAUUUUAUCUCCCUCGAUGCGAUAUAAAUUGUUUAUAAAUGUAGCAGUAUUUAGGUCUGGUGGGGCCUGUCAUGAUACUAAAGUUCUCUCUUCAGAAAUGUUAAAUGGGAUGUUUUUAAAUUAAGUGUAUACCUGUAUAUUUUAACUAUUGAGUGUUGUAAUCGUAUAACAUUUUAUUAAAACAAAUGCUUCUGUCUUAAGUGCCUUAUCAGGAUCUCUGUCUCACGGAGAGCCCACGCAGGGUUUGUCUGAUCGGAUUAUCAAUACCAAAGAAGUGCAAGACGCCCUGAAUCUUAUUGUACUUCAAGUCAGCUCCUUACCGUACGCUUUGCAGACACAGCAGUCCAGGAUAAGUCCUAGUAAUGAAGUACACUGGGUCCAGCCUGACAUUGCAGUAAGGCAUUUACUAAUUGAAUUCAGAGAAAGUUAUCUGUAAAGUGUAGCAUCCAGCUUUUCUACUGCCUACAGGCUUAUAAAAUGUAACUGUGUAAUGUCAUCUCAUUUUCCGUUUAUAUUACAGCGAACAAAAUGAUCCAUUAUUGACCUUAAGUUGAAUAUAAUAAUGCAUUGUUCCUGUGAUAUGAAUGAGACAAACCAGGAAUGAUAAUUUCUUCAUUUUGCACCUAUAAAUUAUUAAGCGCCAGAUAAACUGGGUAAAACUCAGUGUGAGAGACAAACAAAAUCUGCCUACAGGAUUACAAUCCAAUAUAAUCCUUUAAAAGCCCAGAGUGCGAUCAAAAUUCUGAAGCAGACACAAGCUAGUUAUGGCUUUCAUCACUUUGGGUGAAUCAAGUCUCUUUAAUACAUUGGUCUUGCAAUAGCAGAGGAUCCUAAUGUUUCCUACUGGUUAACCGUCCCAUGAUAUAUUUUGGCUUUAACCCCUUAAGGACACGUGACAUGUCAGGAUUCCCUUUUAUUCCAGAAGUUUGGUCCUUAAGGGGUUAAGCAUAUGUUUUCCAUAUUUUCUCUAUUUAAGAUAUAUUUAUACAUGUAUUUCUAUACAGACUGGUUUUUAAUAUUUUUUAAAAUUUUACGUAGGAGGAAGAAACCAAUGAGCGUACUGUUUAUUUUGGCAUAAAUGAAUACUGUAAAUCUCUUCAGUGGGGUAUAACAAGUCCCCUACUCCGGUGUGAUGAAACCUUUGAAAAGAUGGUUAUUACGCUCUUGGAAAGGUAAAUGAAGCACAUUUUUACUCUGUACUUUACAUUCACAUACAUUAAACCGGCAAUGGAACUGAAACUUCUACUGGCCUACGUCCAACAGACACAUAAAUGUGUAUAUAUCAACUAGCACAAUAUUGCAUACAUUUCACAUUUGUCGUAUUAUUCACUAACCCUAAGAACUGUGGAGACAUGACUAGAGAAUUGCAAGUGGUGGUCUGAAAUAGAUUUGCAAACAAAAACUGCUCUAAAUUUGGCUAAAUUUCUUGUUAGGCUGUUUCAGCACAAAAUAUAAAUCCUUUAGUCAGUUUUCCUGGUUCACUGAAUAAUCUUCUACGUAAUGAUCAUACCGUUGACAUGCAUAGAUUAACACUUAAUCAUUUUUGUACCAUGCACAAUCAGAUGUUUGAUAUGUAUCUUGUCUUAUCUCAUGUCAUGCAUAUUCCCUACAGGUACCCCAGAUUACACAGUAUGGUUAUACGAUGCUACCUACUCAUCCAGCAAUACUCUGAAGCAUUAAUGGCUUUAACCACCAUGGCAUCACUUCGAGACCACACCACACCAGAGACUUUAAGUAUAAUGGAUGAUCUGCUUGGCUAUCCGGGAAAGGACAAGAGUGGCCACGGACACAUGCUGAUUAUCAGAGUACCUUCUGUACAGCUCGCAAUGUUGGCUAAGGAUAGACUACAGGAAGUGAGAGAUAAACUGGGUUUGCAAUACCGGUUUGAAGUUCUGCUUGGUAACCCGUCUACAGAGCUGACUGUUUCUAAACACUUUGUGACUCGAUUAAAGGUAAGAAAAUAAAAACCAAAAGUAUCAUUGCUUUAAAUCUAUUAUAGCAGACUUUUUAUAAUCCAAAAAAAUAAACAAUUUCUAAGUAAUUAAGGGGAAAGAGAACUUUUAAAACCUUGUUAAAUUGAUUCAUACAGUGAAUGGUACCAGUUUUUAAAUGUGGGAAAACCUAUACCAUACCAUUAUACCUUCUGAAUGUUUUUGGAGCCACAGUGUCUGCGUGCACAGUAUUUUAUGUACAAACGUAUCACCAAGCGUCUAAUCUGUAAAGAAAUCAAAGUGCUGUUGUCUAUUGUACUUGUAGAAUUCUGAAGAUAAUUUGUUCUGGUUGCCCUAUUGCGAAAAUGCCUUACCCUAUUACAUCAGUAUUAACAGUAGGUCUUGAAGUUAUUUAAAAAUUCUUAAAAUUGUGUGGACAGCUUGUCACCUUUCUAGCUGCUAUUCAAAUGAUAUGUUCUGAGUUUACUUGUGAUGGUUUUAGAUGGUGUGAAAUACGAUAUUAUCAUAUUGGUAUAAUUCACUCAGCAGUCUGUUUGUGAUGCUUUAAUUCUGGAUUGGUUUUCUGAGAGAUUGCUAUUGCAAUGUGUUUGCAGUCUAACUGACUUUUGUAUUAUUAUUUCUUUAUGGAUUUGUGUUUAUUUUUCUCUAAUUAUAGCUGUUGAAUGUGAAGCAGAAAUCUUACAUUUGUAUUUUGAGGUGGACAUCUGUAGAACAUACUCAGUUAGGAUCCAUUCUAAUGACUUUGUGUAUGUGUAAAGGUGUUUUAGUACAGUUACAGUGGGGAGAGUAAUCACAACGUUCUGUAGUAAAAAGUGGUGCAAAAAUGUAAAAGGGGAGGAGUUACAAGUGGGAUGCACCUGCUGUUUCCAUGGUGACUGCCUUACUUUUAGUAUUUCAGACCAUAUUUUUAGAAUAGAACAUUUUGAUAAAUCACCCGCAUUGUCUCUCAUUGCAGGAACAUUUAGGACACUAACCAGAUUUCCCGGACAGGGUGAAAAGAAGCAUGUAUUUUGAAAAUUGUGUUCGUUUUCACCAUUUUUGGUGCAUUGUACGAAUGUUUGCUUUUUAAGACUAGCAUGGGUGUUCUUGAAAGUUACACUUUCGUUCUUUAGUGGGUAUUCUGGAUGGUAGACUAUAAUGCUUCUUUUAUCUUAUGGUAAUUCAGAUUGUGAAUGGUUUCAAUUGUAACAAGUUAGAAGAAUAAAAAAAUAUGCAUAUUUGAGUUGCAUUUCUUUUUUGUCAAGGUCUGGAGAGGAUGUGAAAAUGAAGACUGGGUUCCAAGAACGUUUGGUGACCUUGAAGGACUUCCUUGCAUUGUUGUUCUUACUGGCAAAGACCCUCUAGGGGAAACAUUUCCCAGGUAUGUGUAUAUUUUAGUCAUAUUGCAUUGGUUAUACCAUAGAGGGACACUGUAUGCACCUAGACCACUUCAGCUCAUUGGUUAAACAGUUCUCCUAUGACUCACUGGGGUGGGGGGGGGGUUUAAAUGCUGAAAAGGUCUUAAAAUCUAAAUAUCUCCUCUAACUAUUUAGGGCAAAAGAUUUGUGUCUAGCUUUAACGAGGUUUCAUUAAUGUGGUUAAGCAAUUAAUUUUCUUUCUGUGUUCUAGGUCAUUAAAGUAUUGUGACCUUAGGCUGAUCGACUCCAGCUUUUUAACACGUACGGCGUUAGAACAAGAAAUUGGCCUGGCGUGCUGCUAUGUGUUAAAAGAGGUUGUGCGAGAACAGAUAACUGCGUUGGAUCUUAGCGACAAGGAAGGAGAUAAUUUUAACAACAUAGAAAAUGACUCUGAUGAGCUGUUUAUAGAUUUGGACAGACCUGAAAGUAACAGCAGUGCUUUCACUGGCACAUCUGGUUAGUUUACAUCCUCUUUUAGUUAAUUUAGUGGUGUUUAUAUUCAUCUGAUUGUGAUUCAAGUCACUGAAGAUCUUUUCCAAGAGACCCCUCCUGAUUUUUUUCAGGAUGAAGCAGUAACUCAUAUUAAAAGUAAAUCAUGUGUUACUAUGUACUAGGCUGAACUUUUAAUCUUCAGUAAAAAAAAGUGCUCCAUAGGGCCAUAAGCAAUGAAAAAGUAUCAAUGAACAUUCUUCCAAUACAAAAAUGCUGAUCGCCAGGCUCUUCAGAGUAUCUGGCAAAUCCUGAAAGAAAAUAAACUAAUAUUAUUAUUAUUAUUAUUAUUAUUAUUACUGGCAUUUACAAAGUGACAACGUAUUCUGCAGCUCUGUACAUUUAGGGAAAAAGAGCACCGUAUGCAAAGACCAAUACAAAAGGUAAAGAGGACUUUGCCCACUUGCUGAAAUCUAGCCAUUGAAGCUCUCUGUUUUUUUUUUUUAACAAAGUACUUAGCCUGUGCGCUUACAAUCUAAGAGUAACUAGGAUAAAAAUGUUUUAUAUACAUUCUGACUUUGUGAAGAAGUAAAAUCAUUUUUGGAACAUGGUUAAUAAGCAGAUAUAAUCUGAGUGAAGUUUUGACGUUAGGGUUACAUUGAUCAUCUAGACGUAAUAUUGCACAUUUAAUGUUGAUUGGGGUAGGUCUGUGUAACAAAAGUCCUUGUUUUAGACAAGUAGUUAGUGGUUCAUUAGAGAAAAUGUGUUGGUCAGUUAAACCUAGAGCUUUCAUUGAAUAGUUUUAUUGGACAUUUACAGCUGCUGGCAGGGAACCAAAUGGAUCAAUAUACCUAACUUACCCCAAUAUGCUAUAGGUUAGAAGCCAGAAAAUAGGCUAUAAAUUGUCAUAUACUCCUCCAAGUUCUUGAACUCCUUGGAAUGUAUGUUCCCCUUUAAGUCUUCUAUGAUGAGAAUUUGACUUUGACAUUUGACAUUCCAAAAAAUGGUCCGUAACUUAUUUAUUUUUCUUUUCUAUAGUGAACGAUUAUAUAGUAAGUCACUAAUAUAAGUUUUGUUGAAAUAUUUUGUCACAAAACCUGUCUGCACCUAAACCAAGCUUUUGUUUGGAACAGGUUCCAUCGUGGAGAAUGGAGUCAGUUCGUCCAGCGCAGCAGAUGAUGCACAGAAACCGCUACCAAACCCUGCUUUCCAGAAUGCGACAAACGGCUCAGUGGAUGAGGGAACCUAUCCAAAUUCCACUGCCACAGACUUUUGUAAACCUGAAUGUGACUCUCUGGGGAACCAAAUGGCCAGCAGCACUACUUCGAAAUUAUCCCCUCCAUUUCACACUCUCCAGUGGACCACCCAGUCAGGAAGAAAGAGCAGGACCACAAAUCUAGCUCUUCCUCGAAUUGUAAUUUUGUCAAGGGCUACCUACAACUUAAUGGCUUCACAGAAAAAUGGACCGUCUCCUUCAUCCAGUUUUCUCUUGCCUCAUUCGGAUGUGAGUUGGUUGAGGUCUUUGAGGCCUUCAAUGGAUAAAGACAUUAGCAGUGAAGGUCUCUCCCUAUACUACAGACAGUGGACAGCACCUAAGCACCAUCAUGCUGAUUUCAGUAACACCAGCGAACCAACAGGAAUAAGGAAUUUUUAUCCUCGGCGUCUGCUUUUGGUUGGACCACCACAGGUAAUAGGAAUUUGUAUUUUUCCUCUGAUUAUGGUAUGAUUUCGGCUUAAUAUUUUCUGCUUAUAUUGUGUGUAAAAUCCAGAGUUGCGCAAGUUUUUAUUCAAAUAAAUAAAAAAUUAAAAAUAAAUAAUUAUAUAGCAGUAACUUUAGGGAUCUAGCAUCAUGGUAAAGUGUUGCGACGGACCGCCUGGCACACCAACCGGGUACCUCAGUCAAUUGCUGCUUCCUAGUACUUGUGAGCACCAUAAGCACUGUACUGGGACACCAUAACCACUGUAAACCCCACAAAACGCAGCAGCUUGGUUAGGGAUCUCAUUGUUCUCCACCCACCCUGGACCCAAGACCAGGAUCCAGCUUCCAGUGGGUAGACCUCUCCUAGUCAAGAGAGCGUAGCAGGAACAGCUGUUAGAAGAGCUAGUGAUUAUACUCAGGGGAGUAUUGUGAUAUUGCAAUCGCCAGAGUGUAUGUAGUUCUCCAAUCCCCCAAACAUGAGCCAAGACUUCACGAAAAGGUAAACAAAUCUCUAUUUAAUGGGAGUCACACUUGGCCUUUUAUGACAAUCCCUAUGCAAGUGGUACGCCCACAUGGACCUUGUUGGGGACUCCAGCACAAAGACACAGACCAAUAAGAAAAGUGAUUAAAUGCCCGACAAUCAUUCCUCCUUGCUUGGGCGAUAAUUGAAUCAGUAACUGUACUAAUUCUAAUCCAAUUAUCUCCAAGCACAGAAAAAACAUACUUUUUAAAAAACACCCCAAAAGUACCCUACAAAUACAUAAAACCCCACAAAUGUUACACCCCCUGAUUGCCCUGAUCUGGGUGACCAACAUAUCAAAAAUCACCCAGAUCAGUUCAGGGGUUCAGGAAUUUCCUGGAAGUCAUUUAUUUAGCCGAAGAUAGUUCUAUAGAAUCACAGCUAAGUGCCGCUGGAGGACCGACCGGGAACCGCAAAGUUUUCAUGCCAAAAAUAGUUCCAGGGCAUUCGUGGCGAAGUCCCCCUGAAGUCUAUUCGCGGUUUUGGUCCAUGUGAACAAGAUGGCCGCCACCUUGUGGUCGGCCAUAGGAAUUGCGGCCACCCAGACGAACACUUGGACCACUGCGGUGGAAAUUGCAACAAUGUAUCAAUUAAGCUUAACAAGCUCCAGGGUGGUCUCCGGUUCGUGUGGCUGUUCGGUAGACGAACCAUAUAGUCCCAAUUGCACAAACGGAGCCUGUUUAAAGUAUUUAAGCCAGGUCUAUUGCAAGGGCCAUAGUCACAGGGUAGGAGGCUGGCAAACAGGAAAAACUCACAGAAAAGGGGAGUUUGUCACAAGUGGUAUCAGUGACCCACAACAAACCAGGCAUGAUGAUAGUGCAUUGUGAUAAAUACCAAUCUUACAUAAACUUUGCUGAUGCUCUCAGCUAAUCAGUGACUCCCCAUUCACUAAACUGUCUUCAAAAGGCCCUCUGCAUCAUGUUAUGAAGUAAACAUUCCUACAACUGUAGUUGUCUUCUUAGCAUUUAGAUUCAGUGGUGAUACCCAGACCCUGCACCUUCCCGAUCUACUCCCGCAACGCCAUUCGGACUCUUCUUCUUCUCAUUCCAUCAAAUGCUCCUCAUAGACAAGUAUUGGAGACAAGAAGCACAUGUGCAGCCAACCGCGCACUGCUCAUAUUAAAUGCUCCAUGAGAACAGUGUCUUACUCUGUUAUCACAGCAGAAGCAACUCUAGUGGCUGUCCGGAAGACUGCCGCUAAAGGGCUUUUUAGCUUUUCAAUGGAAACAUACAAACCACUAACAGGGGCACGGCACCCAGACCCAAAUAUAUAUAUAUAUAUAUAUAUAUAUAUAUAUAUAUAUAUAUAUAAUUUUUGUUUUUUUUUUGUUUGUGUAUGUAUAUGCAUUUGUAUGAGGUGUAAGCCAACUAGGAAUUGAAAUGUUUCAUCAAAUUAUGCUGCUGACUCAUUUGCCCCUAUUUUUUAUUACAAGGACGGAGCUACCGUCGCGCAGCUCCCUCCUUGUAAUCUGUAAAAAUAGAAGUGGCAGGGAGCAGUGCUCCCCGCCACAUCUUAAGCCCCCCAUGUCCUCCCUCACUCUAUGGGGGCAAAUAUGACCUCCAUAAUGGUAUAAGGGAGAUUAAAAUCUCCCGAAUGCCCCUACUAGCUAUGCCGCCAUGAGCGGUGGGUGGGGGCCCUAAAUAAAAAUGGGGGGGACCGAUUGUUGUCGUCCUCCCUGCCCCCACCCAUGAGCGCCGGGAGGGGGCCCUAAAUGACUAUGGAGGGGGACCUAUUGUCCUCUCCCAGCCCCCACCCUUGGGCGACGGGUGGGGGAUAAAUGUAAACCCUCCGCGCCCAAGGAGACUAGGGGUCCCAAAGCCUCUAGUCUUCCUCCCUCCCUCCCCCCCCAAAAAAAAUAUUUUAAUGAAGGCUUUUAGCACUCUGACUUAGAGCACUCUGGUUGAUUCCAAGCCAACCAAUCAGAAUUCUCUGACAGGUAAGUCUCUACAUUUACCUGUCAGAGCUUGAAAUCCAGAGUGCUCUGUGUCAUUUUACACAGCGUGGGAAAGUUCUUUGGAAUUUUCCUAUGCUGUGUAAUUUGACUCUUAACACUGGUUGCUCAAAGUCAAAUUACAGAGCAUGGGAAGGCUUUAUAAGCCUUUCCCCGCCCUGCAUUGCUCAGUCUGCGUGGUGCCUUGCUAGGUGAAGAUGGAUAACUUUUUUUAGCGUUGGGUUUUUUUUUUUACAGUUGCGACGGGUAUUAGAGAUUUUUAUGGGGCUGAAAAAAGACCUAAAAUGGUAAGUUAUUGUUUAUUUACAGGUUGGGGUGGAGUCUAGGUGCUUGGGGACCCCUAGUCACCGGGGGGUGGGGGUGUUUACAAUAGGCCCCCCCUAGUCACUUAGGGCCCCACCUGCAAUUCGUGGGUGGGGCUCGGGGGGGAGGGGAGAACACUAGGUACCUCCCUCAUUUAGUGAAAUGAGCGGCGGGGGAGGGGGGGAGAAGGACAAUAGGACCCUCCUUCCCCCAUUUUAAUUUAAGGCCCCUACCCGUCACUCAUAGGUGUGGGGGGGGGGAGGAUUAUAGGUCUCCCCCCUAUUUUAAUUUAGUGCUUGCUGCUCAUGGGUGGUGGACUCACACGCUAGGUUAAUAGCCCCCACUUGCGCUCGGUUAGGGGCUCGGGAGGGGGAACACUAGGGGGCUUUUUUUUUUUUUACCGUGAGCGGCCAAAGGCUGCUCACUGUUUAGUAGACAUGCCCCAACUUGCAGUAUAGUAGUUUGUCUACCAGUAUUAGUAAAUUUGUAAUUUAGUAAAUUUGUCUGAAAGACCAAUCUUGGUCUUUAAACCAAAUACCAUGGGAAUUAUGAAGCUAUCUACGAAGAUGCAGCCAUGGCACGAAUAGAUUGGAAUUUCAUUCAUUUGUAUGAAACUACUGUUUUCUGGAUCUAAUAUGCACGGCACACCCUUUUUGAAGGCUGACAGCUGAACUUAAUGUCUCUCUUCCUGGCCCUUUUUAUAUAUCACUGUGAGAAUGUGGAAACACCGGGAGAGAUUAUUUUUUAUAGCUUAUGUAUAGGAUAUGAAAUGAUGUGAAAAAUAAACAAACCAUGAAAGAAAACUCCAACCAGAAGCGAACACACUAUCCAGUGCUUCUCAUUGUGCUGUAAUACAGCUUAUUGGAGGGAGGUAUGCUUUCCAACAUUUGGGAGGGAAAAAUUGGAACGGGUGUUACUUCCAGCACUUUUAAAUAUUACUGAAGGUGUGGAAACUGCUCAUCAACCGCCAUCUUUCUUAUUCCCUUGAGUGUUUUUUUUUUCUCAAAGUCUCUACAGUCUUCUAGUUUAAUGCUGUGUAUGUCCUGUGUCUGGAGCCGAGAUCAUUUUUAUUUUUUGUUUUUUUAGGUUGGAAAGACUGGUGCUUACUUGCAGUUCCUCCGAAUACUAUAUCGAAUGCUUAUCAGGUUUCUAGAGGUAGAGGUACAUGAUGAGGAAGAGAUCAAAACAGGUAUGGCACGUAGAUACAAGACUUGAUCCUUACAGCGGUUCCUUUUUACAUGAUCCUGUAAUUUUUUUUGUCAACUUUUUUACAAAAAAAUGUUUUACAUCGUUUGGACUUUUGCUUUAAAAUAUAUUGUGAUUUAUAGGUAUGUCUCCUGUAGAAUAUUUCCUUUUAUAAAAAGUAUGUCUUCUAUUUUGCACUCAUUCUGGGUGCUAUUAAUUAGUAGAGCAUGGUGUCUAAUGACCAAACGUUACCUGUAUAACCAGGUGUUAUCUGUUAGAUGGGUGUAGAAAGUUCUGUCACUGGGUGAGACAAAGUGAAUGUACAGAUGAGUUGCUUUGAUGUCUUUUGAAUUAGUGGUUUACAGUAUAACUUCAUUGACCAUUUACUUUCCUAGAAUAGUUCACAAACAAUUUAGCUUAAAUGUAUAUAUAUUUUAUUCACUUCCAGUAGAAGAAUGUGAGGUAGAGGAGAUGACCCAAACAGGCCAUAGCCAAUGGCCUGACAUUGAAGUUGUCCGUAGGAUUCCGCUUGAUGUAACAGUGCACAAUCCGAAGUAUCGACACAUCAGUCUAAUCGCCGACCGGAUAUCACAGACCAAACAAGGUGUCCAUUUCUUACCUAUAAAAUUGAAAUAAAUAUUUGCUUUUACGUGUUCAUGAAUUAUUGUAUAUCUUUUUCACUGGAAUGCUGUAUCUGUAUUAUGCAAUCUGCAUCUGUUUUAACGAUACAUUUUACAUUAUAAGCCAGAAGCAGUUUUAUUAAACAUCUCUGAAAAUCUGAGUGUUUUUUUUUUUUUUUUUUAUUUCCCUUGUGUGUUAAUAUUUGUUUAUACUGAGGAAAGAAAAAAGGUUAGUCAUGUUUAACCUUUUCGGACAUAUUUCCCACUGGACAAAUUAUCAAGAUCAUAACAACAAAAAAUCAAAUCCCUGUUUCCUACUUUUCAGAAAUACUUUCCAUCCUUUUUUAAUAGUAUUAAUCGAAUCAUAAAGCCCUCCCUAAGCUGUGAUUCAUAUACCAUUUAUUGUACUUUUAAAAUAUCUAAAUAAAUAAAUGGACUGCAUGUUCAAAUUAGGCUCUGGUAUUUAGUUUAUAAAGAACCAUCAUUUUCUUCGUGAUACCAUUUAUAUCUGCCGAUACCUUAAUGGCCUUUGCAAUCAUUCACUAAUCUAGCACAAUGUUGCCCUGGAUUUUUACAAUUCAUUUUCCUAAAUCCAUCACGUAAAGCAUUUUCUUUCAUUCCUAUUUUUAAUAAGAGUUUGUUUUUGAUCAAUUCUGUAACCCUCCAUUUUGUUCAACCCUUUUGCAGAGGGACAGCCUCCAUUUCCAAUCAUUAUUUUACCUAAUUUUUAGGUUUGUGCAGACAGUGAGAUGAACCUUUCUGUGGAAGAAAUAUAAAAGAACCCUCAAGUACUCCUCUUAUGUUUUGCAUUACAUGUACAAGCCAGUUUUCAAUCCAAUUACUUUUUUUGACGUAUUUUGACAUUUGUUAAGCAAUGUAAACAAUUUAUAGUUAUUUUGUUCAGAAUAUGAAAGAACAAAUACUCCCUUAGCAUAAAGUUCAGGAUUUCUGAUCGACCCUAUUUGUUGAUUCAGAAGAAGGCAAAAAAAUAUUUUUAAAAAUUGUAUUGCUGGGAAUAUGGAACUUGCAGAAGAGCUUGUUUCUUGAUGAUAGUUUUUUUUGCCAGCCCCUUCCAUUCCAGGAAAACAAAAUUGAAUAUUAAAAAAAAUGUUGUGACUGUUAAUAACCUGAGCUUCAGAAGUACCCAUGUAUGUGCAUUACCAUUAGCCUCUGGUAUCUACAUUUAAAUUAAAAUAGUUGUGCCCAUAAUUUCAUGCAUUAUGACCAUCAUAAGCCCUACAACACAAUGUAGUGGUUAUCCAAUCAAAGUUACCUAUGACCCGGUUCUGCACCAGGCCCCUGUUUUUCUUAAAGCAGGUUUAGGACAUCUGGCUUCUGCUGAGCUGGUUACCUGUCCUGCUGCUCAUUCAUUGGCUGGGAGCUCUAAUAAAUAAAUGUCUGUGUAUAGAAAUAUACAUAUAAUCGAUAUUAACCAGCUCGGAACUCUAGUUCUGGACUGGCUAAUGAAGCCCCAAUGACAAUACCGGAGAUGGCGUUAAACUCUGUAUGUGCAGCGUUUCAUAGCAAAAUGCUGCAUAUACAGACACCAGGCCCCAUGACCACUUCAAAUCACCGAAAUGGUCAUGUUGCUUGAGUGAGCCUUUAAUGUUUUUGUAAAAUUAAAUAGACACUCUAGACACCAUAAUUGCUUGUUGUUAUUCCACUUUCAAACCGUGAAUGAAGGUCCCUGGACACCAGUUUCACCAACUCCCACUGUAGAUUUGGCUAAGGUUUAAGGUUUAGUUUAUAGGAAACAGAAUUUAGAUUGUUUAGUAUUUAAUAGGAAUGCUACAAUUAAUAUUGAAAAGCACUACAAAAUUUGUUGGUGCUAUAUAAAGGCCAAUAAUUCAAAAUUAUUGUAAACGUAGUCUAAGCACAAAGAAGGAAAAUUAACAGCCAGUGGAAAAAUGGAAACAAAUAAAAACCAAAAUAAAAUCUGAAAAAUAUUGUAUACAGUUUGUGGGUUUUUUGUAGAUAAAUUGUGGAUACCAUUUUCUUUUCAUUCAGCUCCUAUCUGACCUCUCUAUUAGUUAACAUUGACUUUAAUCUGCUUCUCUUCAAUUAUUUUUUUUCCUUUUAAAAAGGUGACCAAUAAUCCGCUAACAGAAACAAGUCAAAGAUAAAUAUUACGUACUAUAUUGUAGGAGGGAUUUAACCCAUCAUGGAUUCUCUAUUCCUACUAUGCUAUGAAAACAGGAGAGGAGAAUAGUAAAAGGCAAUUCCAGGGCUUUAUUGGUCUAAUGGGCUCAAUCUAAUCAAGAGCAAAGACCUGUGUAAAUGUGAGACAGAAUGUCACACUGCUAUAAUAUAUUUUAGUCUGAACAUUUGUUGCGUACCUUAGCUUGUGUAAAUAUGAUAACAUACCUCCCAAGUGUCCUUAUUUAGGGUCCAAAUCUUCAUUGAACUAAAAAGAAAUAACUCACAGUAGUAUGUCUUUAAACUACAAUUAAUGUUUAGAAAUUGGUCUUUGUAAAUAAAAUACAUUGUUCUGCUAAAUUACAUUAUAGUUGCAUAAAAUUCCAUAAAGCAACUUCAUUUCCACCUCUCAACUUUAAGCAAUCAACAAAGCAAUUAACAGAAAGAAGCCCACUUCAUUUCCAGUAAACCUUCCAAGUCUUGAAUGUUUAACUCACUGCCUUAAUUCAACAACCAACUGUCCCGAGUACAGCUCGUUUUUCUCUGUUCUUUUAAGGACUCUAGCAUCCCUCCUAUUUCUACAUCUAAAGAGAAAUGGGAGAUUGACUUGGGAGAGACCUUAGAGCUCAAUAUCCACUCUUUAACCAUUAGCGUGACUAUUCCUAUAAGACCUUAGCUCUGUAGUACCACUCACUGGAUAGGCUUUAACAAUUCUGCCUGUCCAACUCUCCAUUAUGUUUCUGAUGAUGUGGUAUAAGAGGAACAUAUCUACCUAUAUGUGGUGGGACUGUCAGAUGAUCAGAUAACUGCUGGAAAGUAUGUUUGCUAAUCGUAGUGUGAUAAUAUGGUGUUUUGAGACCUGGACCCAGAAUGGUCCUCCUCCGUUAAUGGCUUUGAGAACUUGACUAGGUCAGAAAAUAAAGAAAAAAGAAAAAAAAACUUAUUUCCACUUUCAAAUGGAGACACUUUUAGUUAUAAAUAAAUCCUGGAACUACUUUUAUGUCUCUUGCAAAUAGCACCCAUAAUCUGGCACCUACUCUCAAUGGAGAAGCUCACAAUUUCUAAUAAUGAUUCAAGCAAAAUCUGGAAUCUGCCCUUGUUGGAAAAGCUCAUAGUUUCUAAUAUUUUUUUCUAUCUCUUUUCUAAAAAUCUGGAUCCCAUGGAUAUCCUUUUCUGACUUAGCCCUACCUCAUUGCCUUACAUUCCUGUUGCAUACCAUUCCCUUUUUAUAUUUAAUUCCAAAACAUACUUCCCUCUCCUUUUUCCUUUCAUCCUUGUCCUACCUUUUCCAUUUGCUCACUUAUACAUGUCUAUGAGAAAAGGAAACUUCAAACCACUUCCAUCUUCUGCAUUUUGAUCUUUCCGGUCAACAAUCACGUGGAACAUCUAAUGGGCGUCUUCUCAUUAAAUGUAUAAAAAAAAUGCUUAUGCCAUCUCAUUGCACAUUUGCAAGAUCCAUCUAGGAUUCUAUUGUCUUGCAAGAUCUUCCAUAGACCCCAACUUGUACUAUUGUGCAUGUGUGAAAGUACAGCACUGACUCUGGUCCUGGCAUCAUGUUUACUAGAAGCUGCAGAUUCAGCUGAACCUGAAAAUGGAGACACUGAGGAUAGCACCAUGCAAUUUAAUGCCACUUUAAGGGAUCUUUGCAAAAAUAAAGACCCCACAAGUCACCAUGCUAUCUUUAAAGUUGUGGGUUAUUUUUUUAAAAUUUUUUAUUAUUUUUAUUUUUUUUAAAGACAAUAUCAACCUUUUUGUUCUGUAACUCCAUUUUUCUGUGAACUAUGCAGGAGUUUGUUUGUUUUUCGCGACACUCUCCUCAUCUAUAAUUACUAGUGCUGCUUUGAGCAAAUUGCUGUUGUAGCAGUGAAAAGGACACCGAUUAUAUGCUGCUUUAGGAAAAGUUGACCGUGACCUGUGUAGUCCAGAUAUAAUUGUGUAUAUUGGGUUUACAGUGGCUUGCUGAGAAGCAGGUAUUAAAUAGCAGAGAAAUAACCAAUUAAGCAUUUUAAAACUCUGUGCAUAUAGAAAACACAUCCAGUGAUAUCUAUGUAUGUAAAAUAUGAAACCUUCCUUGAUAUACAUUUUACUUACUUCAUAAUUAGGUCUUUAUUUAAAUGUGCACCCUAAAUUGGAUGUUUAUCAUUCAUUACAUUUAUUUAAAAAAAAAAAGGAAUACUUAUUAAUGUGUCCAUCUUGCAUCUCAACCAAUCUCUAGUCUGCCAUUUUCAAUAAGUGAAGCACUGCAUAUGUAGGACAACACAGCAUAGGGAAAUCUAAGCAUAACUGCUGUAGAUGUGCACGUGCAAUGUUUCUUCACUCUUUUUAAUUGUGUGUACUGUUUCUGUGACUGUUGGAGUGAUAAGGGUGGCUGUAACUGAGAAGCUCCCGCAAAGGUUUUAAUGGUUAUACGUCAUAAAAUAGUUUUAUGAAAGCAUUAGAGUAGGAUGUGUAGGGUGAGGGGGAUAAUAUCUG